CGGAGCGAUUAAAACGCAUAAAUUGAGGCUUCAAAAACAAUAUUCAGGCAAUAGCCAUCUAGCAAUUAUCAACGGUUAACAGUACGAUCGCAGCAUUGGCAGCGUUCGGAUCGGUGCCCUAUAUAUUAUUUUUAAAUUAUUUUGAAUUAAUAUUGGCUAGAUCUUAAAUCUAAAUAAAUUAAAUGCCAAGUUAACAAGCUAAUAAUAAUAAUAAUAGGUUACGGAUUAGUGAUCUGGGUCACAAAAAUAAAUCAAAUGCAUAACCUAGAAUAAUAUUUAAUUCUAUAGUUUUGUUAUAAAAAAAAAUAUUUAAAGUGAAAAAUCAAUAACUGCAAUAAAUAUAGAAAAUUGAAAAAAAAAACAAAAAAUAUGAGCUCACCCAACAGUCGCUUCAUCCUGUCCAGUGUUCCCAAUGAGGAUCAGCCGCCCGAUACGGAUAUAGACACCGAUACAAUACUCGAUAUCGGUGGGGAGUUUAAUAAGGAUAAGAUAGUCGACGAUGCGACCUCCAGCCUGGGCACUCUCGGCACACCGAGCACGCCGGGUAUCACGGCGCCAACGACAUCGGCGAAUAUGCCGGAUAAGGCCAUCAAUUUCGCCAACGCCAGCAGCGCCAAUGAUGACAGCGAUGACGAGUUCGGGAACGCUAAGAGGCCAGUUCACCGAGAUCGUUUUCGAAGUCGAAGACGUGCAUCCAUAGCCCCUUUGCCCGCUUUGCGAUUGAACAGCAAGGAGAUGUUGGCCAGUGACUUCGAUAGCCACAGUGUGGCCUCCAAUCAGGCCUCCAUCACCAGCGUGAAUUCUUUGGCAAGUUUACUUCGUGAGAAGAUGCAGGCCUUCCCCCAGUUGAUAAGAAAGAAGAAGCGCGAGACUAAGGACUAUAAAAUCAAGAUAUUCGUCAUCAUCAUGUUUUUCAUCAUCAUAUCUCUGAUCGGCUAUGCAUAUGUGGCCUACCAUCAGCAGGUGCUCACCAAGAGUUACUUCCAGAAGAUCAAAUUCAACUCUCACGAUCGCAUCUUCCGGAUACUGAGCCAUGAAGACAAAGAGGUGAUAUCUGGUCAGUUGGGUGUUACCUUGGGAUUCGAUACGGCUCCGUUUCACUGUCUCGAGGAUCAACGGCGAAAUGAUGGUAGCGUUUGCAUCGAGUGGAACGGAAUUGCCCGACUGCAUUUGAACUUUGAGGACAAGGGAGUCUUUCGAUGCUAUACUUUGCAGUGGCAGUCGUUGACUCCAGGUCUUCUGCCCACCGACUGCUAUGAACUGAAGCGGGACAAUGGGCUGUGGUUCGGUGGCGGGGUCACAAAGGGUCAAGAGUGGUCACUGAGCUAUGCCAACUUUGACUUUGCUCCCUAUGCCUCCGGUGACAGUAAGAUUCAUCAGUUUGGCAAUGGCGUGAAGAGGUACUUCAUCAACUCUAUUGGAGUGGCCAUGCAGGUGAGCGAGAAGACACCCCUGCAGCUAGGUGCCAACCGGACGGAGAAUCGCUUUUGCCUGCGGGCAGCCAACGAUGAGUUCACCUUUGUGAACCACUUGACCCCGCUGCCGCAGUUGGAUUACCGCAUUUGCACCACGGAGGAUAUGAGAAGUCUCCAUAUGCUAAUGACCCAACAGAGCCUGUGGGAUGGCCUUAAGGAGCAAGAGUUCAACGUACUGCACUCUCUGUUGGAGGAGCCCGUUUGGCGGAUACCACACGCAGAAACUCCCGAAUCCCUCAACGAAUCCAUAAUUUGUGAUUAUUCAGAAAGUGCCAUUGCCAUGGGUCUGGGUCACAUAUUGAUUAACGAGUUUUGGCAGGAGAACAUUGGAGACUUUACGGUGGACAAAGCCAGGUUUCCCACUCUAAAGGAUACCAUAGAUGUGUUACACAGAAGGGGCUUCAAGGUGGUCCUAACUAUUCAACCAUUCAUCAGCACGGAUAGUGACAAUUUCAAGGAUGCAGUGAAACAAAAGCUUUUGAUCUACGAACGACAUUCGGAGAGAAGUAUUCCGGCAUUGACCAGGUACAAAAGUAGUUCUAGUGCAGGAGUAUUGGAUAUAACCAAUAAUGCCUCGGUUCCCUGGCUGCUGGAGAAGUUGCAGCGCCUGAGGGAGGAAUACGGAGUGCAGAGUUUCUACUUGGAUCUGGGAACUGGCUAUAAUCUUCCGCACUAUUAUCAAUGUCGCCAAACUCUGGAUAAUCCUGAUACAUAUGCUAGAUUGUUUACAGCCAGUUUAGAAGGUGCUGGCUUGAUGGCCGUUUCAACGGCCAGUGUAGUACCCAAGCCACCUACUUUCCUAAGUACACCACCGGCGAAUGCCACCUGGGAGGGUUUGCGAGAGACUUUGGGAGCUGUGCUUAAUUACGGUGUAAUUGGUUAUCCCUUCGUCCUGCCAGGAGUGAUUGGUGGUGACUAUCUGCUGCAGCGACCGCUCUCCAAGAUGGUCUCCUUUUAUUCGAUGGCCCAGCCACCUCUACCAGAUCCGGAACUCUUCAUUCGUUGGCUCCAAUUGGCCACCUUUAUGCCAGCCAUGCAGUUCAGUCAUCUGCCCUCGGAAUAUCGAAGUGAUUUGGUCACCCGUGUGGCCCAGGAACUGAAGGAGGUGCGCCAGUCCAUAGUGAUCCCAUUGCUUAAGAAGUAUCUGAAUCCAUCGAUGAACGAGGGAUUGCCCUUGGUUAGACCGCUUUGGAUGAUGGACCCCCAUGAUCCCGCCUGCCUCAUUGUCAGCGAUGAGUUCUCCGUGGGUGAGGAGCUGAUUGUGGCACCCAUUCUGCAUGCCAAACGUGAGAAGCGAGAGGUUUACCUGCCGCAGGGCGUAUGGAAGGACGGCAUCGAUGGAUCGCUGAGGAAGGGCAGUAGAUGGAUGCAUGGCUAUCGGGUGCCUAAAGACAAGAUCGCCUACUUCCGCAAGAUGCCGGAUAACACACGAUUCUAGAUUCUAGACUUUAAUCCUAAUUCCACUCAUCCAUUCCAAUUCAGCUGCCCCGCGACCACAACCCAUGUGAUAUGAAAUGAUACAUAGAAAGCCGGAAAUUCCGCAUACAUCUAUAUCUUGAUUAAUUAACCUAAAUACUAUAUAUAUAUUUAUAUAUAUAUCGAUAUGCCCGCGAUCGUAAUACAUAAGAUGUCUUAUCGCUAGUGCUUAAGCAUUAUCCUUAGCCUAUGUAAUUUCCACUUUUUUUUUUGUUAGUUAGUUAAGUACAUCUGGGAUGAUCGCUUACACGCUGAAUAAAUAUGUUCCAUUACAAAGUA